AUGAAAGAACCAGAGAGACACACCGAGGGAUGGUCCCGUGAGACCCCACCUCAUUUAUCAACCCCCAAGAUUGUCUCUCCUGCCAAGGUCCAAACUAAAUCAGGCGGUUCAUCGAAUGCACCUCCUAUUCCUAUGCGUCAACACGCUUAUAACACCCCUCGUUUCUAUUCCCCAAAGUAUCAAAAUAUUCGGUAUCAUCAACCUAAUCAUUCGAAUCAAGGGCAAGUUCAAAUCCCCCGAUUCAUCCCUCAAGCUCAUUCGAAUAUUCAGUCCCCGAGACCGCGUAAACUUCCUGAAUUUUUCAAAGAAUCACUAUUGAUUGUUGAUGAUGACCCGAACCCUCCGAAAGGCAUCACGGCAGAUGGAAGUUGGAAAUCGAGACCGGUCAGAAUUCAAGAUCCUUCUUUGAAGUCGGUCAACCGAAGCAGACCACAGGCGAUACCAUAUGAAGCACAACAUUCUCCCUCGUCCCUGCCGAAAAAUCCACAUUCGAACACAGGUCUGAGGAUGCUUCCGCCGAGGCCACACUACAUUCAGCCGGGAAACAGUUCAUAUAACUCAUCUUCAUCACCGCCAUAUUAUUCUGCCACUGGUCCCCCACAGGCUCAAUCGCCUCGUAACAUCCCAAAUUUCAAUACCCCUUCUGAAACCCGACACUUCAUUUCUUCUUCAAAUGCAAAUGCAGGUCCGAGUAUGAAUUUCAACCUCGAACGACCGUUAUUCUCCAGAUCAUAUUCCUCUCAACCAGCUACUUCUGGAGACACCGCAGGUUCAGCACUUCAGACUGGGUACAAUAACUUAGAUUAUCUCCAAUACCUCCAAUUAUCAAGACUAGCAAUAGAAGAUCAAAUCGUCUUCAGAGUCCAUUCGCAAUCUAGCGUAUCCCCUUUGCUUUGGUCAGGAGAUAUGAAAACAUCGGGGUUUUCCGCCACUUCAUCUGUAUUUCAAAGACUUACACCUAGAUCGUAUGAAGCCCUCUUCCGAUCUUAUCAACCUGACGAAAGGAAAGAUAAUGAAGGCUGGCUGACGAGACCUUUGAUGAGAGAAGUAAUGAUAGAUCAUAUACUUUGCAGACCCUCUAAAAAAUUUAUCACUGUUAGGCUCGACUCAAUUUCAGAUAUUUCCAAAAUGGCGAAAGAAUCUGGACGAGAGGGGGAAAGAGAAGAUUAUUGGAUAUCCACUACGAGAUCCGUUGAUUGGGCAAUAUUUGAAAUUGCAAGAAGAUUGAGUAUGUACUUGGUAUCUGGAGCAAGGGAAGGUGAUAAGGAAGUUAGAUUAACCGUGAUCGAUAAGCAUUCAAAUUUAUCCUAUGAUAACGGUAAUGUGGUGAAGGAUAAGAUAAGAGAGAGGACUGUUGAUCCUUAUUUCUGUCUAAGAUCGCACGAGAACAAUAUACUUUCGCCAAGCAAGUUGGAAGCUUCUAUACAUGCUCGUCAAAAGACCAAAGAGAGUUAUGAGCUUUUAUACUGGGGUAGAAUAUUUGGUGAGAAUAUCCAACAAGAUUUGGUAUUCAACACAGAAUAUCUCCCUUUCAAAUUACCAUCAAAAUUCUGGAAACCCCCUUCAGCCAUCAGCCCCUCGUUACCAGGAUGGUUAGGUAGACUGAGGUGGAAUCCAAUCAAGGACCAUUGGCACUCUGCGGUCAGAUGUCUAAGAAAUAAGAUUUACCCUACUACCAAAUGGGACAAGCAAACUGUUCACGAUCUGGGUUCUACGUGGCCUCCUGCUACUAGUCCCGAUGCGACUCGUCAUCGGUCACAGAAGGAUGCUAUAGGGGCCAAAAGUGACCCGAUGCUGAAGGUCGUAUCGGAUACAGAGGCAGAUACGGAUCAAUUCGGUUCUUCUCGGUCGGGAGAGAUAUCCCUCAGUGGAAGUCGAAAUAAGGGAUCAAAGGAGGCGGUGGUAGAUUUCAUGGCGUAA